UAUACUGCGAUACCAAUAAUAAAACAUUGGUAAACUAGUUGGUACUACGAUGACGAUUGUACAAUUGCCUGUUCUAUCAUCGGGAACGUGAUCGUGGAAGUGAUCUAAUAUUCUCUUCCAAGCAUAAAAUCUGCUUUACUGAGUUUGGUUCUAUAGGAUUAUUGAGACAAAAUGGAGGCCGAGAUUGAUUGGAAGGCGAAAUAUCUUCAAUUAGAAAAUAAAAUGUCUCAUUUUCAUUCUCAAGCAUCGGACAUCAGAAAUAAGCUUGCAGUGAAGAUUGAUUCUUUGACAAUUGAUUGCAAAUCGGCAACAGAACGAGCGGAAAAGGCAGAAGAGGAAAUUCGAAAACUGAAAAAAAAGUUGGGGUUAUUGCAAGAUACGAAGGAUGAGGAAAUAACAGGAUUACAGAAUAAAUUAGAAAUUUCUGUAAGAACAGAGAACGCCUUAAAUGCAGAGAUCGAACAAAGAAAUGAAGAACAGUCACUUGUACAUCAAAAAAUAAUCAAACUGAAAGGAUGGAUUUCAGCAAAAUUAGAAGAAGUUGAAGAUCAAAAGAAACAAUUAUUUGAGGCAAAUAGAAGAGCAGCAAUAUCUUUAUAUGAAAUGAAGAUUCGAGUUCAAGAACUCACUGCUGAAAAUGAAAAUUUGAAACAAACUGGAUUUUCACCGAAUCGUAAGAAACAUGAAACGAUAACGUCUGAUGAUAUAUCCAUCGAUUCUUCCAUGACAAGUACUUCACCGUUACCCAGCUCACAUACCAUGGAUAUAUCUUCUUCUCCACCCCCUGUACCCCCACACAAGGAUAAAAACGAACAGAAUAAAUCUCCUUCACAUACUAAACACAACAACAAUCACUAUCGAGAAGUUAGUCCAACAAAUACUCCGCAAGUUCUUCCACAUCUUUCAGAAGAUAAUUCAUGGGCGCAUGAUAGUUCAAGCGCAAGCACUUCAGAAACAAUCAGCCACAUAUCGAUUGAUUCUGAAAAUAAAAAAGACUUAAAAUCGAGGCACGGAGGCGGUAAACGGACUGGUCACAAGUCUUCAGAAAUAACGGUUGAUAUUGUGUUAGAUCAUCGAGUACCCAACGAUCCAAUACUAAGUCCAAAAUGGGUUGUAGAUAAUAAAAAGAGUAAAAAGAAGUCGGCAACGCUUCCGAAGACUCGUUCUGUUAAUAAAAAAGAUCAAUCUUCAACUCCUCAUCAUAGUUCGUUGAUCGAAACUUUUGGAAGUAUAACAAGAAAAUUUCGGGGAUUCACUGAUUCUCACCAACAUUCGUCUCCCACAAGAGGGCUGAGACGAACGCAAAGUGCUGGAAAAAAAGAAAGCAAAUCACAUGUGUCGAGAAGUAGUACGAAAAACAGCUCGAAGCAUGUAUCGACUCCAAUGCCUGAUUUAAUAACAAAGGAAUUUGUGAAGUCAAAAUCUUCAGGACAAUCGGGACUUGACGAUUCACUCCAGGAAGUAGAAGAAGAAAAUUUAUCAAACAAAUCAGAAAAAAUGGAAAUUACUGAAAACAAAAGUGCCCCGGCAUCUGGAUAUUUUUCUACAUCACUUCCUUCUCCUAUGCUAGCUGCUGUGCUUCCUCGUACAAAAAGAUCGCAGUCCAUGAGAACGACGCGGAAGAGGCCUCCUACACCACCACUCCAUCAAGUUCCAACAUGGGAAACAAAAAUCUACAAUUUGACAAAAAAUGGAUUUCAGCUUCGUGCCAGUGAGGUUGCUCGAAAUUAUAUUUCUAGAGCUUCACAGAUUUCGGUCUGCUACCAUUCAACAAAGGAAAGAGCAAGUGCAUUAUACAAGAAAUUGGAACCUGAUGUGCCAGUGUACACCAAAGUAUUCGGUAAAAUUCUAUUACUUCGGAGAGAUGCUUUCACAGAGGCAACAGAUUCAUCUGAUGAUGAGUUUUCUUCAUCUGUUGCUUCUGAACUCAGUCAUUUGAAGAAUAUGUCAUCUUCAGGAAAUGUUCAGUAUUCAUACACUCUUCCAUUGAGAAGAAACGGAAGUCCAGGCCAAUCUAGAGCCAUCAAAAGAGCUAACUCUGCUCAUUCCAUCACAAGUUCCGAAGGUGAUUAUUCGAUUCCACCAGAUGCAAUUUCUCUAUGCAGUGACAGUUCUGAGCCUGAACAUAAACUAUAUAAAACUGGUAGAACUGGGGCACCUGCAGCAGCCAGCAGUCGAGUGAAUAGUAGUUGUAGCACUAGUCCAGAAAAUGGAACUUCGCCUUUAUUAUCUCCUGCUAAUUUACAGCAACCUUCGUUGGUCCAAGACAAAUGUGGAUUUUUGUCCAAACUUAGUGGUUGUUCGAGGACUUGGCAGAAGAGAUGGUUUGUUCUGAAACCCGGAAAAUUGCAGUAUUAUUUUUCUCCUAAUGAUGUAACAAGAAAACCGCUUGGUGAAAUUUUAUUGAAUAAUGAAACAUCAUUCAAAAUAGAAUCUGGAGAUGAUUGUCAUCCUAUAUUCGAAAUAUCAAAUGAAAAGAAAGUUAUCUAUAUAAGUGCUGAUACAUACUAUGCUGCUGAAGAUUGGCUUAGAGCACUCAACAUUUCACUGAAUCGUCCACGUACCCUUGGUUUAAGAAAAGCAGGAAGGUAUAGAAGUAUAACUGAAAAUAAAAUUACGUUAAAGGGAUGGUUGGAACGUUCAUCGAAAGAUGGAAAACAUAGGAAAUUAUGGACUUGUCUCGGAACUUCAUCAUUGUAUUUUUACAAUGAUGAUAAAGAAAAGGAAUUCGUUGGGAGAAUGGGAUUAAAAGAUUGUGCAAUUGAACCUUUGGAUGAUGAAAAUUCUGUUUGUGUAAAAUUUCCAACCUCUAGAAGUCGGCAGAGAGCAGAUGUAUAUUUGACAUACACAACUAAAAUGGAAAAGGAUGCAUGGCUCUACUGGCUAACGAUUGCAAGUGGCAGUUUAUCUUUGUCAUUGAGUGGGACACAUACAACUGAAUCAAGUAUAGGUACACAAUAUGAACGUCUGGUUACAAGAAUGAUGUACGUGGCAAUGUGUACGGCCGAUAACAAAGAGGAUUCUAUACCGGUAGCGGCCGCAAGUCCACUCUGGCGGAAUCAAAUUUUAUCGUUUAAUAGAGAUGCACCGGCACAACCUUUAACCACUCUAUCUUCCAAAGCGUUACACACCGAAGCUGUGAAGAUGAUAAAGAUAUGUCAACUUUUUAUGAACAUAGAAUUAGAUUCUGCUUCUGUUGAUUAUCAUGUAACGUUAGCUCAACGUACUGCUUCUACUUGUCUCACACAUCAACAAUUACAAGGAGAAAUCUACUCUCAACUCAUUAAACAGUGCAAUGGAAAAAUAGCAAAACAAAAUUCUUCGUCAAUUAGUCCGAAGCAUAAUAACAUGACAAAAAUAAAAACAUCAACUGUAACUGAUGAUGAAACAGCUGUACUGCAGGUUUGGAAAUUGCUUGCAUUAAUUGUUCCACUCUUCCUACCACACCAUAGACUGUUGUGGUUCUUGAAAGCUCAUCUUCAAAGGCAUGCUGAUGAUAAAGAUGAAAUAGGACAAUAUGCAAUAUAUUGCCAUCGUGCCUUGGGGCGAGCUCUCACUUGUGGACGUCGUACUUCUCCACCCUCUCGUACUGAAACCAUUUCUAUAUUAUUGCAAAAUCCUUAUCAACAUUCAUUGCCAUUCAGUAUUCCUGUUCAUUUCUGCAAUGGAAAAUACGAGGUUGUUAGUUACGAUGCAUCAACUGGAGUUGAAGAAUUCACGAAACGUGCUUGUCAACAAGCUGGAUUGAGAAGUUCUGCUUUUUCUGGUUUCGCACUUUUCACUGAAGAUCCUUUGGAUGAUUCAAACACGAAUCAUCUUGUCUCGACUAAUUCAAAGAUUUGUGAUAUCAUAUCAGAAUGGGAACGUACUUAUCGAGAAACAUCUUCAAACAAGGUUAUAGAUUCAUCGAGAAUGGUAAAAGUGACUCUUUGUCAACAUUUGUUUCUCGCAUCAAACCAAGAUGGAGAAACCGAAAAGGAAAAGAUUCUGAUUGCUUAUCAGGUUGCAGAUGAAAUUGCAUCAGACCGCUUCCCUGUGACAAGAGAACUUGCAAUUGAACUAUCAUCAAUAUGUGCUCAAAUGCACGAAGGAGAUAUGAGAACUGCUGAUCACAGCAUUAAAGAUAUCUUGGAGAAAUUUUAUCCCAGAAGAUAUAUAGAUAAUGCUAACAAACAACAGCUAAGACAACUUCGGGCAAAGUUAUGUGAAAAAUGGACAAUGUUAAAAAACACUUCACCCAGUGAGUGUGCCAGAGUUAUUUUAGCAACCACAAGGAAAUUUACAUUGUAUGGAGCAAAAUUAUUCCAGGUUGAAGUAAACAGAAAACAUAAUAAAUUAUCAACAAUAUGGUUGGCAGUACAUGAACAUGGUGUUAAUGAAUUGAACUAUGUUACAAUGGCCAUUGAAAACACUUACAAGUACCUAAAUAUCAUGACAUAUGGUGGAUGUGACAACAGAUUCAUGAUUGUUGUUGAAAAAGAAGGUGUUCCUGAAAAGCAUUUCUACUCCAUGUCUAAGGAGAAGGCAUCUGAGAUUGUUCAUCUGAUGACCGAAUACAUGAAAGUAUUCACCGCAAAGAAGAGAUAUAUUCCAUGAUGCUGCUAAGCCAACUAGUAUUAAUCAUUGAUAUUGCAUUCUAAAAUGGGCGUCAGCUAUUAGGCAUGUGUAGUAUUGGAAGAUGUGAAAUAAAAAUGAGUCUUCUAGCUGGAAUAAAUGGAAACCGUCUGCAUUAGGAUGCUCAUCUUGGAGCAUGAUAUUUGUCUCAAGAAAAAGGAAUUGGAUUUCGUAUAUAUGGAGCUUUACACUCUUUGUUAAUAAUUACUGAGUAUUUAGGAAGGAUAUCAGAACCGGGAUCAUUGGUGUUUUUGAUAACUUUUCUAUUGUGUGAGGGCCACCAGGAAAAGAUCUUGUUUCAAAAUACUCGCAAUUAGUGAUAUCUUUAUAUUCAUAAUGAUUUUUGAAAUUAAUGCUGUUCAUCAUGAAAUCACUGAUUAUUUCUAUGGAACUUUCUUGAACAAUAAGUUCCAUUUUGAUUAUUUGAAUUCAAAUUUUUCCGAGGGGAAUCUUUUGAAUAAUCCCUACUCACAGUAUCAAAUGUUGUGGUUUUUGAAUUUCAUAUAUUUUUUUUUUCAUUUAAACUGUAUACUAUAUUUUAUUUAUGAUGCACUUAUUGAUAUCAUUUAUAAUUUUGGUGUUUUAGCAGCUUGGUGCAACUUGAAGCAUGGUUCUUAAUAUUUUUGAUCCUUAUAUUAUUUCUUAUUCGUCAACAUUAGGUAUUUGAAAUUACCUCUUCAUUUAAGAAGUAAAAGAAUCAAAA